UAUUGUUUAAGAUCCUGAGUCGAGCCAGUAUCGUGCGCGGAGGCGAGGUGACACUGGGACGCAGUUGAAAAUUCCCGGACGCGAUCCUUGUUGACAUGGGCCCUCGAGUCACUGCGGCCGCUAGCAGUCAGCGGAAGGCACUUAACCUCGUGACACGCGGACGGCUACAGAACGGCUGCUAAAGGGCAGGAGGCAGCAGCCGUGCGAUCACGCUAAACUUCGAGUUUCAACAAGCGGGGCAGUCAUAGCAGGAAUGGGCACGGAGCCGCGCGCCACGUCGAGCGGCCUGCAGCGGCAGUUCGUGUCUCUGGUGCUGCGCGAGCUGUGGCAGGCGCUUGACUGGAAGUGCGAGGACCGCAUGGCGCUGGACGUGGGCUGCGGCUCCGGUGACUUCUCCGCCUGCGACCUGCUGUCGCGCCUGCCGGAAGACAUGGUCAUCCUCGCCACCGACUCCUGCCCCUCGGCGGUCUCCAGAGCCGCCGACAAGUACGACGGCACGAGAUUGUGUUUCCUUGAGCUGGACAUAGGCGCUGCACACAUCGAAGAUACCGGUGUGUGGCGGCUAGCACCGUUCCCAAAGAUCUUCUCCUUCUUCAGUCUGCACUGGGUUCAGAAUCAAAGAGUCGCCUUCCAGAACAUCAAUAAACUUCUGUCUCCAGGCGGUGAAGCAGUUUUUAUCAUCAUCAGUCACUCUCGUUUGUUUACAAUGUAUGAGACGAUGGCGAAGUCCCCUCGAUGGAGUACCUACAUGGAGGAAUACCUGAAGUAUGUAACACCGUACCAGGAACUGAAUAAUCCGGAACACCAUUUCGCAAUGCUCAUCAAGGAAGUUGGGUUGUCCGUAAAAACAUGUCGCAAUCAAAGAGACAUCAACUACGUCUCUACAGAUGAGCAAAACAUAAUAGAUACUGUGCGGUCGAUAAACCCAUUUGUGGGCCGAAUGCCAAAGGACUUGAGGGAGUCGUUCAUCCGGGACUGCGUGCGGGAGGCGUACCGUAACGGCACCCUGCGCUCUCGCCGCCUGCCCUGCGGGUCGAGCUACUGCUUCCGCUACGACGCGCUCGUCGCCCACGUGGUCAAGCCCUGGCUGGAAGGGUAGGGGGCGGUGGCUCACCGUCAUCGUGCACGUGUUGCCCCCUGCACCAGGUUUCAGCGUGUGUUCCAGACUGAACCAUAGGCUAAUCUGAAAAGUUAUGUGAACUCUUGCUGGAAACAGAAAAAAUCACUAAAAAAAGACAUUGAUUGCGUUGAAUGUUGACACACCAACAGUUUUAAAUACAUCGAAUUUUUAUCACUUA